AGAUUGACUCGAUCAUCGCCUUUGAUGUAAAUGCACUAUAACAAAAGAAACUCCCAUAACAAUGGGUAGAAUGUUUUUCUUUUUGUCGACAUUUCUUGUCUUUAGCUGUUCACUUAAUGUGUCGAUAGUUGGAUCCACAGAGGUAGUGGAACUCCGACGGGAAAUACGGAUGCUGGAGCAAAGAUUGCAAGCACUGGAGGUUAAGAUCAAUAAUACCUCAACCAAUCGAACACUUCCCAUCGCCUUUACAGCCUGUUUGGGAACAAGCCUUAGAACACUUGGACCUCAACAACGAAUGGAAUUCAAUGAAGUGAUCUUAAAUGAAGGCGGGGCAUAUGACCCACGGCAUGGAAUAUUUCGGGCACCUGCUACUGGAAUCUAUCGAUUUGUUGUUACAUUUAUCAAUAAGCCUUAUCUUGAAGCAUUGGUAGAAAUUGUUAAGGAUGGAAUUCUGCUUAGUCGCGCUUAUAGUGAUUACCGUCAACACAGCGAAGGGACAGUGCAAGUCAACGUUAAGUUACAGUCUGGUGAAGAUGUGUGGUGUCGAAAUGCAUUUUCUUCAAAAUCCAUCAUCUUGCAUCCUGAUGGAAAAUAUACGUGUUUUUCUGGGUUUCAAAUCUUAUGAUCCGAUGACUAAAACGUAUGCAUAAAGAACGAGGGCUUUUGAUUGGCAUUCUACAGGAAUCUGGGCGUACUUGAAAAGUGAAAAUGUUAUUGACAUGUCACAUGAAAUUUUAAUAUUUGUGUUAUUUCUCGGGUUCCUGUGAAAUGGGA